AUGCUGCGACGUUUCAAUAAACUUCUGAGCAGCAUGAAAAGCGCCGUCCGGGGGAGGGUUUAUUCCACUUUUGCCGACUUUAUUGAUACACGCACCGGUACAGAUGGCGCGGGGGAUGCGGGAACAAUGGACAUGGGCAGCCGGUCCUCGCUUCACACCGGCUUACAGAUGUCCGAGGACGAGCAUUGGGAGAUGAAUUAUCACGAAGCAGCUAUAUAUUUAGAGGAAGGUUUGAAUAACGAGAAAUUCGACUCUCACCCGUCGAGCCCCGAGGAGUUGCCGGCGUACCUUAGGGUCCAUAACCCAUGGUACCACGGACUGGAUCUGUUGGCGUCUCUAGUGCUGAUCCUUCUCGCUUUCACCGAGGACCCCGCAGUACCGGCCUUCGAGCUGCCAGUGUGGGCACACGGCACGAUAGAGCUUCUGGCACUGACGGUAAUAGGCGUGGAGCUGCACCUCAAACUGAAAUGGAUCGGCUGGAGCACAAUUCUUAAACACAAGAGGACUAUGAUAAAGGGUCUGACGUUGUUGAUCAUGGUACUCGAAGCCGUGGUGGUGCUGUGCCGGCAGUCCUCGCACUUCAGGGUCACGCGGGCGCUCCGCCCCAUCUUCCUGGUGGACACGCGGCACUGCGGCGGCGUCAGACGCUUCAUCAGGCAGAUCCUGCAAUCGCUCCCGCCCAUCCUGGAUAUGCUCGGUCUACUAAUGUUCUUUGUGGCGACGUAUUCGCUCCUCGGUUUCUAUUUGUUCUCGGAGCAUAUCGACAACGGCCAUUUCAAGACCAUCAGUGAUUCAUUCGUCAGCAUGUUCGUCUUACUUACGACAGCCAAUUUCCCUGAUGUCAUGAUGCCAUCGUAUGCCAAGUCGAAAUGGUACGCGCUGUUCUUCAUUCUUUACAUCAUCACGGUGCUCUACGUGCUUAUGAACUUGAUGUUAGCCGUAGUGUACGAGACUUUCACGCGGAUAGAGCGGGAAAAGUGCCGCGCCUUGUUGUUGCACAGGCGCGUGGCCGCUCGCCGCGCCUUCCGUCUGUUGGUGUCGCGGCGGGCACCCCGCGCUGUCCGCCUGCGGCACUUUGCGGGACUUAUACGCCACUACGCGCCGCACUACAGCGGGCUGGACGUGUACCUGAUGUUCAAUCAGGAUCCGACGGACUCUACCGUUCGGAGUUCUAAAAGCACAAUAUUAGUCCGCGAUCUGACCGGCUACGUCGCCCGCAGGCGGGCUGGACGUAUACCUGAUGUUCAAGAUCCGGCGGACUCUACCGUUCGGAGUUCUAAAAGCACAAUAUUAGUCCGCGAUCUGACCGGCUACGUCGCCCGCAGGCGGGCUGGACGUAUACCUGAUGUUCAAGAUCCGGCGGACUCUACCGUUCGGAGUUCUAAAAGCACAAUAUUAGUCCGCGAUCUGACCGGCUACGUCGCCCGCAGGCGGGCUGGACGCGGGCUGGACGUGUACCUGAUGUUCAAGCAGCUCAACCAGUCGGGCUCCGGCGGGCUGAGCCGUUCCGAGUUCGCGAACGUGUACGAGGUGUUCGCGCUGCGCUGGGCGCCGCAGUCGGGCCGCGCGCCCUGGUACGCCGCCUCGGCGCUCGAGCCGGCGGGCAGGGCCGCCGCGGCCGCCGUCCGGUGGCCCUACUUCGAGUACCUCGUGUACGCUUUGAUAAUCGGCAACGGCGUGUCUAUGGUACUUCGUGUAUGCGAAGCGGCUGGCGAUUUGCAGGACAGCGCGCGCCUUCUGUGCGCCUCAUGGGAUACUUGGCUUUUCCUCACGCUGUUCUUGCUGGAAGCUGCCCUAAGGAUGAUGGCUUCAGGCCUGUCCGCUUACUUGGAGAGCGGUUGGAACGUUUUCGACCUCAGUGUGACCUUGUUGGCGCUGAUGGGAGCUGUGCUGCUCAGCAUCGCCCCCAAGCUCUUCAUAGUGGUCAUGUUUAGGCCGUUGAGACUGAUGCGUCUGUACAAGUUGAAGAAGCGAUACCGUGACGUGUUCGGUACACUGGUGCUGCUGUCUCCGCUCAUGUCGUCCGCCGGUUGCGUGAUGCUCGUCAUGUACUACUUCUUCGCCAUCGUCGGCAUGGAGCUGUUCGCCGGCUACGACCUGAAGAACUGCUGCGUGAACACAACCGUGGAGGACUUCUACAAGUACUCCGAGAACAGCUCCACCGCCCUCGGCUACUACUAUCUGAACAACUUCGAGAACAUCCUCACCAGCGGUGUAUCUCUCUUCGAGCUGACCGUCGUCAACAACUGGUUCAUCCUGAUGAACGCCUACGCCACAGUCGCCGGCCAGUUCAGCAGGCUCUACUUCAUGGUGUUCUACUUAUUCACGAUGGUGGUACUGACUAUCGUAGUUGCCAGCGUCUUGGAGGCAUUCAGGUUUAGGAUCCAAUACAAACGGAGCACCACCAAGAGGGAUGAGGAGAAGUUGCUUCACGAAGAAGUUCAUACGAGCUGGGAGGAAGCGCAACGUCUCGGUGUAAGCGGGGACUUGGCCGACGAGCUAAGGCCUUUCCUGCCUCCAGGGGUGGAUGUGACCUUCAUUGGUUCGCGGCCUCGGACCAAGGAGGUCCUGCAGCGGCGCAUGUACCAGACCGACAUCCAGAAGUGGCUGGCUGAGGAGGACGAAAGCGAAGAUCUGCAGCCUUCGACCACCGCGACAUCUAGCGAGGACCCCCUCGCCCCCCCUCUCAUCCAGCAGCCCGACGCUGAACCCAACCACCAGAUCAGGACCGGCUACCAAUUG